AUGGCGAACGCAAAUCCAGAAUCAACCACCCAGACGACGGAUCUGGAGCUUAAGAAGGUAUUCGACCAAUUCGAUUCAAAGGGCGACGGAAAAGUCUCUGUUUCUAAGGUCAACGACGUUCUCAAAUCGAUGGGUAGGUCGUACACGUUCGAGGAAAUAGACCGUUUAUUGGACAAGAUCGACAAACAUCGCGACGAGAAUGUGAAUUUCGAGGAGUUUCAGAAGAUCAUGUCGUCGCCGGAACUUCUUAAGAAUCAAGGAUCCGCCGCGAACGCAGGUUCCGGUUAG